CACACCGAGUGUGAAGAGCAGAGAGGGAGAGCGGUAGAGAGACAUACACACUGACCGAAGGGAGAUCGCACCGAAGCAGAUUUAUUCUUCUUCUCCUUCUCUUUUAACUUCAUGCAGACAGACAGGUAAAUGAGACAGAAAAGAGACAGACAGGUAAAUAAGACAGAAAACAGACAGACAGGUAAAUCUGAAAGUAAAGAAACAGACAGGUGAAUCAGGAGUCUCCUCUCACUCUCCUCUAAUGAUGGACGACUACACUCUUCCCUUCUGGAUUUACCUGGGUGUUCUGACCGUGUUCAUUGUUGGAGCUAUGAAGAAGAUAUUGGCAUCCCACCUGAGCGCCGCCCCCCCGCUGGUGGCCUGGCUGGGGGCCACCGUGCUGGUGGAGCGGCUGUGGGCGUUCUGCCUGCCGGCCGUGCUGCUGCUGGUGCUGCUCGGCCUCACCUGCUGCUUCUACUCUGCUGCCAGGGCGCCGCCGCCCGCUGCCCUGCCGGCCCACGGCAAGGCCGUAUUGAUCACAGGAUGUGACUCUGGUUUCGGGAAUGCAGCGGCGAAGCGUCUGGAUGCUCUGGGCUUCGAGGUGUUUGCCACAGUAUUGGACCUGUCAGGUGACGGAGCCAGAGAGCUGCAGAGGACCUGCUCCCCCCGCCUCACCCUCCUCCAGGUGGACAUCACCCAGCCACAGCAGGUCCAACAGGCGCUGCUGGACACCAAGGCCAAACUGGGCCUGAAAGGUCUGUGGGGUUUGGUGAACAACGCCGGCGUGUGUGUAAACUUCGGAGACGCCGAGCUGUCGCUGAUGUCAAACUUCCGCGGCUGCAUGGAGGUCAACUUCUUCGGCACGCUGAGCGUCACCAAGAGCUUCCUGCCUCUGCUGCGACAGGCCAAAGGACGCAUCAUCACCAUCUCCAGCCCGGCCGGUGACCAGCCGUUUCCCUGUCUGGCGGCGUACGGAGCGUCUAAAGCAGCUCUCAACCUCUUCAUCAACACUCUGCGCCACGAGCUGGAGCCCUGGGGGGUCCGAGUGUCCACCAUCCUGCCCUCCUCAUACAAGACAGGUCAGUCCAGUAACCACGUCUACUGGGAGCAGCAGCACAAACAGCUGCUGCAGAGUCUGUCUCCGGCGCUGCUCCAGGACUACGGCGAGGACUACGUGACCGAGACCAAGGAGCUGUUCCAGAGCUACGCCCGCCAGGCCAACCCCGACUUCAGCCCCGUCGUCGACUCCAUUGUGCAGGCGUUGCUGUCGCCGCAGCCGCAGGCGCGUUACUUUGCGGGGCCCGGCGUCGGCCUCAUGUACUUCAUCCACAGCUACUGCCCCUUCAGCGUCAGCAACCGCUUCCUCCAGAAACUGUUCGUGAAGAAGAAGCUGAUGCCGCUGGCUCUGAGGAGGCAGUCGGGCUUCGACCUGAACCUCAGCCUCCACAACAACAACAACAACAACAACGAGGAGGAGGAGGAGAAACUCAAGUAGCUGUGCGACAGUAGGAACAUCCUGUUGGUGUGACCCUGCAGAGAUAGAGGACCACUUCUGUAACGCACUCAUAGAGCUGUUUCCUGUCCUUUUGUAUGUGGUGUUUUAAACUGUUGAAGGGAUCAUAGAGAGGCACCAAAAUGGUUUCUGUUUGUUUCGGCAUCGUCUGGCCUCGUGACCCCCACCCCGUGAGCGGCGAGGACACAGCUGGAGGUCAGGGGGCGGGGUCUGGUUGAUCAGAGAACACCUCCGUCAGCGAGAUCAGCUGUGCUGUACCCACUCCAAGAGUCACACUGACUUCAUGUGCCUUCAUCACACAGAGAAUCAGAAGAGAGAAGAGAUGGAGGAUCAGUCGGACGCUGCAGCAGCUCGUUUUUAAAGCAAAUAUCCAGAAACUUCUUCCGUGUAUGUAAUUACACUCUAGCCUUUUAGCUUGUUAUAAUCAUUUCUUACUAACUUCAUUUUGUUGAGGCGCAGUGACAUCAUCAGUCACCAUUCAGCCAAAUGGUUCAGUGUCUUGCUCAAGGACACUUCAACAGGAGCCGGGGGAUCAAACCAGGAACCAUCCAAUUACCAGACGACCGCUCUACCUCCUGAGCCACGCCACCCCGUAUUUCAAAGGGUUUAAACUCCGGGUGUCGACUCUGCUGCUGUCACAUUAAAGUUUUUACACGACGUGAGAGGGCGAAAACGUAGCUCUCGUAUAGCUUCCCGGGUCGAUCACCUGGUCAGACCUCCUGAAAUAUUUCUACCUGGACGCUGGGUGAUGCAGUGACCACGUGUAAGGCUCCAUAUUAAAAGCUGUGUUAGCGUAGCUUUUAGCUCAGACAUCUUGACUGACUGAUGCUGUCACUCAGACCUCAACAAAGAUCUCAUGGCAAAAAUAAAAGCUGCUGUGAAAAGGUAGAUUCUUGAUUAAAAGGCGUCAUGAAACAGCCGGUCGGCGUCGUGUAAAAUCAGGAGCCUUGAAACGCUCUGAGAAAUGAGCUGCUGUAGCGACGCCUCCGUCCGUCAGCCACCAGAUAUCUCUGACAGAAUAUAUUUCCAAUCGUGAUUCUGUUUGUUUUCUGUAAAGUAACAGCCUCUACAUAUAAAACCAGAUCAUCCACUUCUUCUGUUUUGGUUUGGUUUGACUAUAAACCACGAAAACAUUUUUCUAAAUGUGUCCAAUGAAACAGAAAAACUAAUUUCUCUGCAUAUUCAGGAUCUUUGAAUGUUAGUGACCUUGUGUUUUGAGGAUUCAGUGUAUGAAAGGAAAUGAAGCAUGUAGCAGUCAUUUUAUCCGCUGUGAUGAAUCCAACAUGGGUCUGUUUGUUGUGGUGCAGAUAAAACUCAUAAACGCACAAAAGUCAGAAAGCCAAUAUUUUGAGAAUAUAUUUGCACAUGUUCAGUGUGUGUCUCAUCAGAUUCACCUCCUCCAACAUUAUUAGUAUUCUGUUUGUAUUUCUGCCCAUUUUUUGUUUUUGAAUCAAACUAUUUAUGGAGUCUCUUCUUUUAUUAUCAUCACUUAAACUGUGAAUUUUGUAUUUUGCAAAAAAAUGUAAACAACAAAAAUAUGAUCACUUGGUUCUUUGAUAGAAGUAAAGUUGACUUUUUCAGA